GCAGUGCAGACGGAGGCUCCACGUACGCUGUCCGCCACAUUUCUUGCAGUGCAGUGCAGGCCACCGAACCACCCGAAUCCACCACUAGCACCUGCGCUUCCACCACUGCUCCGGCGACGCAAGACGGCCGGCGGAGCGGAGAUGGCGGCGGCUCUCGGCGCGGCGGCCACGCUCCUCGGCAAGGUGUUCACGAUGCUGUCCGCCGCCCCGGUGGCGGCAUACGUGGACAGCCUCCAGCUCGGCCACAACUCCCAGCAGAUCAGGGCCAAGCUCGCGCACAUGCGAGGCAUGCUCCACAACGCCCAGGCCCAGGUGAGCCACAACCCUGGACUGCAGGAGCUGCUGCCGGCGCUGAGCAGGAACGCCGACCAGGCGGAGGACCUGCUGGAUGAGCUCCACUACUUCCAGAUCCAUGACAGGCUCCUUGGCACCACCUACGCCACCACCCAGGCCAAUUUUCUCCGUCAUGGUCGCAAUGCUCUCCGCCACACUGCCACUAGCAGCUGGGCCGCAUGCUUUUCUUGUUCCUCUGCACAAGAUGAUGAUGAUGAGUUACGUUUCCACCCAGUGAUCUUCUCCAGGAAAAUCAAGUCGGUGUUACAGGACAUGCAGACGCACUGUGAUUCCGUCUCCGAUUUGCUCGGCAAUAUCCCAAGCAACAGCAUGGCAGUCACCCUACACCGGCCGCAGAUUGGAUCCACAAUUAUACAAGAUACAUUGUAUGGCAGGAGACACACUUUUGAGGAAACUGUCAACCGUAUCAUCAGCUGCAAACACCCUGUUUCUGUUCUUCCUAUAGUUGGUCCAGGGGGUAUUGGAAAGACAACUUUCGUCCAACAUCUGUAUAAUGAUGCAAGGACUAAAAAGCACUUUCAUGUCCAGGUCUGGGUAUGUGUAUCCACUGAUUUCGAUGUGCUGAAGCUCACCAGAGAGAUCCUUGGCUGCAUACCUGCAACUAAAGGAGGAAGCAUCAGUGUUGCAAAUGAAACAACCAAUUUAAAUCAGCUUCAGAUAUCCAUAGCAGAACGUUUCAAGUCCAAGAGGUUUCUAAUUGUACUGGAUGAUAUAUGGAAAUGUGACAGCCAGGAUCAGUGGAAGACCUUGCUAGCUCCGUUCACAAAGGGGGAAGCCAAAGGAAGCAUGCUACUUGUCACAACUCGAUUCCCAAAGGUAGCAGACACGGUGAAAACAGUUGAUCCACUAGAGCUGCGAGGUUUGGAGCCUAAUGACUUCUUCACAUUCUUUGAAGCAUGUAUAUUUGGUGAAGAUGACAAGCCUGAGCAUUACAAAGAUGAGUAUGCUGGGAUUGCACGAAAAAUUGCAGACAAGCUAAAGGGUUCGCCGUUGGCAGCCAAAACAGUUGGUAGACUAUUGCACAAGGACCUUUCUCAGAAACAUUGGAAUGGAGUUCUUGAAAAGCAUCAGUGGCUAAAGCAGCAAAAGAAUGAUGAUAUCAUGCCAUCUUUGAAGAUUAGCUACGAUUGCCUCCCUUUUGAUCUGAAGAAAUGCUUUUCCUGUUGUGGCCUUUUCCCUGAAGAUCAUGAGUUUACUUCUUCAGAAAUUAAUAAGUUCUGGGUUGCAAUAGGCAUCAUAGACUCUAAUCACCAAGCCGAUAGGAAUUACCUGGAAGAACUAGUGGACAAUGGUUUUAUCAUGAAGAAAUUCGAUUAUUGGGGUGAUCAAUGCGAGUAUAUAAUGCAUGAUUUAAUGCACGAGCUAUCUAAGAGUGUUUCUGCACAAGAAUGCCUCAAUAUAAGUGGCUUAGAUUUCAGAGCUGAUGCCAUCCCAGAAUCUGUUCGGCACUUAUCUAUCAACAUAGAAGACAGAUAUGACGCAAAUUUUGAGCAAGAAAUGUGUAAACUAAGGGAGAGGAUAGACAUUGCUAGUCUACGCACUUUGAUAAUUUUUAGAGGAUAUCAAGAAAGAAUUGCCAAGCUUUUGAAAGAUAGCUUCAAGGAAAUAAAUAGCUUGCGUGUCCUAUUUAUAGUGGUGAAGUCUGCACAAUCUUUUCCAUAUAGGUUUUCAAAACUUAUCCACCUCCAGUACCUCAAAAUUAGUUCAUCUCUCGAUGGUGACAGGGAAAUUAGUUUACCUAGUACACUAUCAAUAUUUUAUCACUUGAAAUUCUUGGACCUAUAUAAUUGGGAUGGUCGUUCUGAUUUGCCUCAAGAAUUUUGCCACCUUGAGAAUUUACAUGAUUUCCAUGCUGAAAGUGAACUCCACUCAAAUAUUCGCAAUGUCGGAAAGAUGAAGCAUCUCCAGGAGCUAAAAGAAUUCCAUGUCAGGAAAGGGAGCAUGGGAUUUGAACUGACAGAGCUUGGGGCAUUGCCAGAGCUUGAAGGAGGAUUGACUAUAUGUGGUCUUGAACAUGUGGCAACCAAGGAGGAAGCUACUGCAGCCAAACUGAUGUUGAAAAGGAAUCUGGAGGAGUUGGGAUUAGUCUGGGGAAGAGAUGGACCAACUACAGAUCAUGCUGGUAUUCUUGAUGCUCUUCAACCACACUCUAAUCUUAGAGUACUUACAAUUACAAAUCAUGGUGGUGCCGUUGGUCCUAGUUGGUUGUGUCUUGACAUCUGGUUAACAAGUUUAGAGACUCUCGCUCUAACUGAUGUGUCUUGGAGCACCCUCCCACCUUUUGGGAAGCUACCAAAUCUCAAGGAACUCCAUUUGGAGAGAAAUUCUGGAAUUCAUCAGUUUGGGCCUCGAUGUGGUGGCGCUCCAGGCAAACGUUUUAUGCGCUUGAAGGAAGUUGGGUUUUAUGAUAUGCCAGAACUUGCUGAAUGGGCUGUGGAACCUAAUUGUUGUUCCUUUCCAAGUCUUGAAAAAAUCGAAUGCAUCGGUUGUCCCAAUCUCCGUGUGAUGCCCUUGUCGGAGGUAUCUUGCACCAAUUUGCGCAGUCUUCGAGUUUCUAGGUGCCCCAAGAUAUCUCUGCCCUCCAUGCCUCACACCUCCACACUGACAGAUUUGGUUGUUAAAACAGGUGAUUCAGAGCCGUUGUUGUCUUAUGAUGGAAAGAAAUUGAUUGUUAGAGGGUAUGGGGGUACUUUGGCCUCCCACAAUCUGGAUAAAGUAGAAUACAUGGAUGUCAGAAGAUACAACAUUUUGUUCCCUGAAGAGCUGGAUGGCAGUAUUGUCUUCCGUUUAGUUAAGAGUCUGCAGUUACAUGUAUCUCAUCUUAGCAGUAGCAAAUCAUCAUCGUCAAAAGUGUUAAACUGUUUCCCAGCUCUUGCUGUGUUGCACAUAGAUCACUGUGAGGAGGAAUGUGUAAUGCAGUUCCCAUCAUCCAGCUCACUGCAGAAUCUUACCUUCUGGGAGUGCAAGGGCCUGGUUCUUGUGCCUGUGGAGAAGGAGAAUGGAGGAGGAAUUCAGGAGGACAAGUCAUUGCUUCGAUCAUUAACAAUAUGGGGAUGUGGCAAAUUGUUCUCUCAGUGGCCCAUCGGAGACUGCCCUUUCCCUGCUUCCCUGAGGAAACUUGAUGUUUACCACGAGCCAAGCAUGAAGUCAAUGGCUCCGCUCUCAAAUCUCACGUCUCUCACUAGUCUAAGGUUAAAAAUCUGCCAUAAUUUAUCAGUGGACGGAUUCAAUCCUCUCAUCGCAGUCAACCUCAUACAACUGGACGUGCAUAGGUGCAAGACCUUAGCAGCAGAUAUGCUCUCAGAGGUGGCAAGGACCAAAUUGUUCCCUGCAGGUUCAUUCAGAUUGGAGAAACUCAAUGUGGAUAACAUUUGUGGAUUGCUUGUUGCUCCUAUUUGCAACCUCCUCGCUCCGGCCCUCCACACACUUGAAUUCAGUUCUGACGGGAGGAUGGAAAGCUUCACGGAGGAGCAAGAGAAAGCGCUGCAGCUCCUCACCUCUCUCCAGAAUCUAACAUUUUCCGAAUGCGAGGGUCUGCAGUCCCUUCCUCAAGGGUUGCACCGCCUUUCUUCUCUCAAGGAGUUAUGUGUUCUUAACUGUCCAGAAAUCCGAUCGAUGCCCAAGGAGGGUCUCCCUGUUUCGCUGAGAAAACUACGGAUGGAUCGUCGCAGUCGCAGCGCUGAGAUAGACGAGCAAAUUGAGAAAAUCAAAAGAACCAACCCAGAUUUAUCCGUCAAAUCUUACAGACUACUAGCAGGUUCCACUCCACUCCACCACUGUUGCAAUCAAUGUUUUGUGCACACAAGUUGGCAAACCUGCACAAUAAUCAGCAGGUGCGAGAUACAACUGACUCUUCAUUCUGCAUGCAACGCUAGCUGUUAACUAUAUGAUCGAUACAACACAUUGUGCUACAUGAUCGAUAUUUCUCUGCAAGUCAAAUCUGCCGGUUAUGGCUUCUGUUACCUAUGUAUGUGAAAUAAAAAAGGGCGUGCGAGACAUGACUCACUCACUCACUUGGUACCAAUCAAGAAGAAGACUUGAGUCGUAGCUGCAAGAAGUGAUCGAGGCUGGAAUCAUGGAAUUGAAUUAUCAGGCUUGUGCUCCUUUUUCGCAUGAAGCAGAGGAUGCUGCUGCUGCUUUGUAAAAAAGCACCUGAUAUAUCAUUUAUGUAGCAGAGAGUGCAUUUGUUUUACAUAAUGAGUCUCUCUGCUCUGAAGCUACUCAGAAUUGUUGGAUGUCCAAGUCUGAUUGAGAAGGUGCCAAGGGGAGGAUGCCCACAAGAUUUGUCACAUCCCCAAUGUCAAAUUCAGCUGAGCUGGUGCACAGAAUUUUUGGUCUCUUGCUCAGAUCAGGAGUAGAACAGGGUGGAAGUUAUGGAUAUCAUGGCUGCGGCAGAGUAAUUCCAUCUCAACCCUCUGCCCUUUGGUUGGAGGACAACGAGGUGGAGGUGUGCAGCAACGACCCUGGCCUCCUCAGCUCCUUCUCUUUCUUUCUGUAGAGUUUUUCAAGGACGGAAACAAAUAUAUAGUUGUUUUUUUUAUAUUAUAUAUUAUAGAAUGCAGUCUUAGUCGUAGGCUUGUAGGUAAUCUUGUCAACAUUUGUUUUUUUAGAGCAAAAGGGCCACAGCCCGUUCCAUUAUCGAAGAAUGAAACAACAGAUUUUACAUCGUUAUUACAGCUCCAGUUUGUGUUGUGAAACUUUACCAAGCAAAGCCAGAAGAGGAAAAACUGCAUGCAAAUGCAGCAAUAGACAGAAAAAAAAAAGAGAGGAGAUGCUUAGCCAUUUUACGAAAUUGUUGGGUAUAGUCGCCCGGUGGAUACCAACAACAAGUAUUGGAAGCUGUUCUGUUGGUCCCUGCUGCUGCUGCUGCAGAGGAGGUAAGCGGCAUGGAGCCUUGUUUCUUUUUCUUUCAAGUCUUGGAAGCGUACUGUGCCCAAAUGGAUUAUAUCUACCAUGCAUUCCCACCUUUUAUAUAUCCCUUUCCAUACAAUUUUUCAAGGGCAGGCACGUUAUAUAUAGUUGUUGUUUUCUUAUACUAAUCUGCGGUCUUCUUAGUUGUACCUAACAUUCUGAACAUUUAGAAACUGAACAUGCAACUAACUAAAGGGACUUGGAACUAGUGCAACAUCUCUGAAAAAAAAAAUACUUGUUAUAGCAAGCAAUUUUCAUCCUGUCAUAACAUCCACAUGCCUGUAGUUGGUCAAUCAUGCGUGCAGGCUUACGUCCCAGUCUCGCGGAAGAUAAGUUUACCAAUGCCAAAAAAAUUGAGGCGGAGCUCAAGGAAGUGAGCCAUAUCUAGGGAGCAGCUUCUUUCAGACAAAGCUCGAUCAGUAUGGUUCAUUCGCAAGAAGAGGAGCAUACGUUUUGAUGGCGGAAGAGCUCUCGAGUCCUGACUGACUAAUGUUGUUUUAGUCAGGUAAUGAUCUGGCCAAUAGUUAUUACUGUUGUGAUUCAGAGAGGAAUUAAACGUCCUGGUUCUGCCUCGAUCUGCCCGAAGAGAAGAGAAGAAACCCUGCUAUACAUUUGCUGUCAGCUCUGAGGCCAAGACCCGCGCAUCUUCAGCCUCAGCAUCACAGAUCCUGCUGGUCAGUUGCUUCAUGGUGCUUCAGCCUUUAGGUGACUCGGGCGCUGUGGCGCCCAAGGAAUGGAAGACUGAAAUAUCUUCGAGCAGGCAAUUUUCAUUGUGCCAUAACAUCCAGCUGGCACCCACAUGACUGACACGGCUGUUCUGGGCUUUCUGUAUUUCGCUCAAGAUCAAUUUUCACAAUGAGAAAAAUGACUGACUGAUGUUGUUCUCCUCUACUAGUGCUUGUCAGAGAUUACUGUCGUGAUUCAGAAAGGAAUUAAACGCCAUGGUUAUGCUUCUGCCAGAGGAGAGCAGCCCCUGCUCCUGUUGUAUAUAUAUUCCCCGGCAGCUCUGGGCCAUGACCCAUGGUCCUGGUCAGUUGCUUGAUGGUGCUCACUGGGAGCAGCCAUGCCAUGCAAAUUGGGAACAUAUUUACUUAUUCGUCUGGUUUUGUAAAGUCAUUUAUUUGUAAAUAAAGGUUGUCGAUGGUUCAUUGUCAAACAAAUCUCAUCAGACAAAAUAAAUUUCGUCCAUCCUCA